CAUUUAAUUCUGCAUAUGAUAUCUGAACAUCCUUAUGAAACAGUUUAAUUGGAACUGUUUAAUAUCUUUUAUAAUAGCUCAAUAAACGGAACCUAAGGAACUCAGUGGCUAACGGCGGGAGCCUGAGAAUAAGCCCCGCCUCAGCCAAGCGCAAAUACAUCUUCAAAUAGAUGCACGUGUUUUGCCGCUGUCGCAAACUUGAUUAUGGAGUAGUUCGAGUACAGAGCAGAAAAGAGACACGGUCGGAUAACGCGAAUACACCGGGGACAUCUAGCUGUUAUUUCAAGCUUUUUUAUGCCCAGCCAAACUUGACCAACAGUGGCUUCCUAGACUUCUGAACGACUGCCUCCAUCAGUGAUAUGACGAUGAACUAUGAUCCAGAGAUGCGGUUAAAAUUAUCUUGUCCAGAAUCAGGAAGAGUUCAUUUAAAGGGCAAAACUAAAGAGAGAGGCCAAUGGUCAAAUAAAGUUGAAUUUCUCCUGGCUGUUGCUGGACAAAUUAUCGGUCUAGGAAAUGUGUGGAGGUUCCCAUACCUGUGCUACAAGAAUGGAGGAGGAGUGUUUUUCAUUCCAUAUUUGGUCUUCCUGUUUGCCUGUGGCAUUCCACUGUUCCUCAUGGAGAUAUCACUGGGUCAAUACACUAGUCAAGGUAGCAUCACCUGCUGGAGGAAAAUUUGCCCCCUGUUUGAAGGAUUAGGCUAUGGAACUCAGGUGGUUGUGUUGUACUCCAGCAUCUACUACAUCAUCAUUUUGGCCUGGGCAUUCUUCUAUCUUUUUUCUUCCUUUAGUGCUGAGGUACCAUGGGCUACCUGCAGCAAUACCUGGAAUACUGAAACAUGCAUUGAAUUUGACAAAAUGGAGCAUAUAAACUCGAGUAUACCAGAGAAUGCAACUUCACCUGUGCUAGAGUUUUGGGAGAGGAGAGUGCUAAAUCUCACAGGUAGUGUGUAUGAGCUGGGCAGUGUGAGGUGGGAGCUAGCCCUGUGUCUCCUCUUGGCUUGGAUCAUCUGCUACUUCUGUGUGUGGAAGGGAGUAAAAUCAACAGGCAAGGUGGUCUAUUUUACUGCUACCUUUCCUUAUGUAAUACUGGCAGUGCUGUUGGUACGUGGACUUACACUGCCUGGGGCUGUUAAUGGCAUAAUUUUUUAUCUCUAUCCAGACCCUACACGCCUUGCAGACCCACAGGUGUGGAUGGAUGCUGGAACGCAGAUAUUUUACUCCUACGCACUCUGCAUUGGGUGCCUCACUGCACUGGGCAGCUACAACAAGUACAAUAAUAACUGCUACAAGGACUGUGUUUAUCUGUGCCUGUUGAACAGUGGGACCAGUUUUGUAGCUGGCUUUGCAAUUUUCUCUGUGCUGGGCUUCAUGGCUUAUGAGCAGCAGACAGACAUCUCAAAAGUGGCAGAGUCAGGUCCAGGGUUGGCCUUCAUUGCAUACCCCAGGGCAGUUGCAAUGAUGCCUAUUCCACAACUAUGGGCCAUUUGUUUCUUUCUUAUGAUUAUUCUGCUAGGACUGGACAGUGAGUUUGUGUGUUUGGAGGCAUUGACGACUGCUGUAACUGACAUGUACCCCUCAUUCUUCCUCUUUGGACAUCGCCGCAAAGGAUUCCUGCUCAUCGUUUGUGUGGGGUGUUUCCUGUGUGGCCUGGUUAUGGUAACAGAGGGUGGCCUGUAUAUUUUCCAGCUGUUUGACUACUAUAGCUGCAGUGGGAUGACACUUCUGUUAUUCGCCAUUCUGCAGUCGGUGUGUAUAGGCUGGGUAUAUGGUGCUGAUCGUCUUUAUGAUAAUAUUGAAGACAUGAUUGGCUAUAAGCCACUGUUUUUAAUUAAGUAUUGUUGGAAGUACCUCACCCCUCUGUUCUGCAUAGGAACAUUUGUCUUCUCUCUGAUCAAAUUCACUCCUCUGAAGUUUAACAAUGUUAUUGAGUACCCCUGGUGGGGUUAUGCUAUUGGCUGGUGGUUCACACUCUCUUCAACUCUGUUGGUUCCUCUUUGGAUGAUCUAUGUGCUGCUCACUUCCAGUGGUACCCUGAGACAGAGACUACGUGUUCUCUGUACCCCAGCAAGUGACCUUAAGUAAACACUAUGCAACUGGAAGCUAUGGAGAACUUCUUGCCCUUUCUUAAAGGCAAGGACAUCCCUGGAGCACAAAGGGAAAUAGUUAAGUCAGUCAUAAAAAUUUGAAAAAUGCACUUUUAUAUUGGCCUUUGGCCUCUCCUCAACUGGAAAUGCUGUGAAGUAGGUGUAUAUACGCACAUUUUAAUAAUUGUAACUAUCAGUCUGUAAAAAAGGAACGUAACUUGUAGACAAAUCCCUGUUUGUAAAUGAGUUGUUAGACAUGCAUGUGCAUGUCGUAAGAAGAAUGCAUCAGAAGGAGAACAUCAUUAUAUGCGUAGAAGUGGUUUACAUUCGCAACUAUUCAUAUUGGAGAAGUGCCUAAAAAUGUUUUGAGGUUUUUUUGUUUGUUUGUUUGUUUGGUUGGUUGGUUUUUUUGCUUCAGUCAUUAUAAAAUUAUCACUGUAGUCAUUCCUUUGGCAAAAAUUCAAAGUCAUAUUGUUCAUUUAAUAAAAGUGUUGUGCAGUACAUAAAAACAGUGAAAAGGUUGUACACUGUAAACUGUGCAACUGCAUUUUUCUGUGCAUACAUAUUGCCGUGGCAUCUCUUCUUGAUAGCAUUGAUUUGCUUUUUGUUUCUAUUUGAAUAGUGCUAUGUGAACUUAUUACAAUAACAUCUUUUAUUACUGACUUGAAAAAAAGUGCCUUGCAAUGUAAUGGCAGACUCUGCCUUCUUGAAUUAGAACUGCACUCCAGGUCUAAAUGUAAAGUAGCAUGUGAAAUACUCAGUAAGGUUUCUUGUUAAUAUAUGAUGACUAUAGAUGUUACUUUAGUUAAAUAGGUUUUCGUAAAUGCUCUUUAAUUUAAGAACAAUUUUUUAAUGUUUUCUAAGUUAACAAGCUAGCGGAUUUAGCAUUAUCCUUCAUGAAAUUUUUUUUUUUCCUUUUAAGACGUGAUGCCCAAAUAUAAAUAAAUAUUUAUAAUUACAAAA